GGAAAUUAACGUUAUAUCCCUAUUCUUUCUCUAUGAUUAUUUCACAGCGGAUUGACGAAUAUUCUUUCCACGCAGCCACCACUCACCUGCAGAAAAAAAUGCGUUCAUAUAAAAUGCUCUGUAAUAAUCGAAAACCAUGUAUUUGUCCUUUUUAUCCCAUCUUACAAAGGUUUGAAAUCUGAGAAGCUUGGCGUGGGUCUGCGGUCGGGUGGCGGCCGGUGGCAGCGGUCGGCGUUCUCUGCUUGAGGCCUCUGAGAAGUUAGGUGCCUAGAAGAGGCGGGUGUGGGUGAAGGUGUGGCCGGCUGAAGAGGGGUUUUGUAGAGAUUAAUUUGCUCGCAGUUCUCCAUUUAUUUAAAAGUGGUUUUAUUUUGUCAAUGGUCAACGGUACGUUGAAGAGGAAUCACGAUGACAGCUAUACGAUAUACACGUAACCUUUUCCUUCGUGGAAUGAGCAUCGUUUAUUUAUUCGCAUUUACAUCACUAUACAUCCAGAUACCAGGAUUAUAUGGCAGUAAUGGAAUUCUCCCUGCAAGAACGCAGCUUGAUAGCAAAGCUUCUACACUGACAGCACGUAUCCAUAAUAAACCUACUUUACUAUGGUUGGCUCCAUACAUGGGGUUGGAUACCGAAUAUAUGAUGGAUGUCCUUGCUCUUUUUGGAGUAUUUUUAGCUUUUACAGGGCUAAUUUCUCAGAAGUUUUGCACUGCUCCAAUGUUUGCGGGUUUGUGGUCCUUGUAUUAUUCAUUGUAUCAAGUUGGACAAACCUUCAUGUGGUUUCAAUGGGAUUUGCUUCUGUUAGAAGCAGGAUUUCUGUGUAUCCUUGUUGCACCAUUACGAUAUCGUCCAGUUUCCAGGAGACGACCAACGCCACUUCCUCCUAGUGAUCCAAUUGCAUUUUGGAUGGUGCGUUGGCUGCUUUUCAGAUUAAUGUUUUCUUCUGGGGUAGUAAAGCUUACUAGUGGUUGCCCCACUUGGUGGAGUUUAUCAGCUUUGUCAAUUCAUUUUCAAUCUCAGUGCAUACCAACUCCAUUGGCAUGGUAUUCUCAUCAUCUUCCUGAGUGGAUUUUGAAAUUAAGCACAGUUGCUGCCAAUGUAAUUGAAAUGGGAAUACCAUUUUUAUUCUUUUUCCCUCUUCGUGGUGUGAGGAUAUCUGCAUUUUAUGUUCAGGUGCCAUUUUCACAUUUACAUCCUGCUGCUAAUAAUACUGUAGUUCCUGCAUUCCGAACUUGGCAUUCAAGACUUGACCAUCUGCACUUGACAAAUUCUUAUGGUUUAUUUAGAAGAAUGACAGGUGUUGAUGGUCGACCAGAGGUUAUCCUAGAGGGCAGUAAUCACAUUGAGGGACCAUGGAAAGAGUACAAUUUUUUGUAUAAACCAGGAAACGUAAAUUCUACACCUCCUUUUGUAGCUCCUCAUCAGCCUCGAUUAGAUUGGCAAAUGUGGUUUGCAGCAUUGGGAACAUACCAUCAGAAUCCAUGGCUUAUGGGUUUGACUUACAGACUUUUGAAUGGUCAGCCAGAAGUACUUCAACUCUUAGAUUCUUCUAAGAAUCCUUUUCCUAAUAAACCUCCAAAGUACAUCAAAGCCAGCCUGUACCAUUACCAAUACACACCCUGGAAUCAGAGAUGGUCUGAGGCCUGGUGGACAAGGAGUAAACAAAGUGAAUACUUACCCAUAUUUUCUCGUGAUCAUCCUCCACUAUUAGAGUACUUACGGAAACUUAAAAUUCUUUCUGAUGAAAUAAAAGAGCCACCUGUGGUACCAUGGCUGAAGUAUGUUUUGGAUCGUUUGAGAUUCCUGUUUUCUCAGGUUGAACCAAGUAUUCUAUUGUGGUCAAUUUUUUCUGCUGGAUGUGUUAUAAACCUUACAUCAGGAACAGGUCGAAAGUAGCAAUCGUAUGUAUACACUAUAUUUUUGACACGCAUUUAUUACUAUGCUGGAAUUGUGAUUGAAUUGAAUAUCAGAACUGAAAGAAAGAUAUUAAUUAUUUAGAAUCUUUCACUCCAAUUUUUUUUUCUGCUGAAUCAUGUGAAUUUAUUGAAUCCUUUUUGUACUACAGACUUUCAAUCCUCUAUAGUUGUCACAUAUCUGGGUAUAGAUGUAUUUCAUCUUUGAUAGCAUUUUAUACAGUUUUGCAUGGUGUGGAUCAUCGGUCAUGCAUCUUUUAUUACAAAAUCUGUUCUUUAUAUUGCUUGCAUGUAUGUGAAAGAAAUUUGGUUAAUUUACCUAAUAAUGUACAUUAUAAAAUGUUUCUCCUUGGUCAUAUCAGUAGCCAGUUUACCUUUAUCAGACUGUGUUUUAGUAUGAUUGUAAGGUUGAUUGCAGUAGAACUUUAGUGACUGAAUAUCAUGUUACCCUUUGGAAAUCUCAUUAAGUAUAUGAAUUUGAUUGCGUGGUAUAUUUUUUGAUGUUUGUAUGAUCGUGAUUGUGAGAAGAAGUGAUAAACUAAGUGUUUUUUGUUUAAGGAGGAACUACUAUAUUAAUUUUGAAGAUUAUUUAAGGAUAAAAUUGCGUAAUUGCCACUUAUAAACUUAUAAAUUGUUUAGUAUAGGAUUUUAUAAUCAAUUUUUUAACAAGAUAUUUGUUCUCAUUAAAGUUUGUCUUGUGUUGUGUUGUGUUGUGUGGUUUACGGUUUAUACCUAGAUUACAAAGGUUGAAAAUUAUAUUCACUAAUCACUGUGGGGUAUGAUAAAUAUGUAUGAGACUUGAAAAUGAAGAAAAGGAAUAAACUUGUGUUUUAGUUUUUUUUAUGUAUAUUUACUGUACAUGAAACCACAAUCAAACAUCCUUUUUUCAUUUUAUGGUUUAAACUUUUAAAAUAAAACCUUUUGUAUGGAAAAAAAUGAAUUGUAUUUGUCAAAUCUAUGCCUGUUCCACCUCCAAAUUUGUCCAUCUCUCUUGACUUUCUCUAUGUAGUGUACACCUAUUUGUAGAAAAUGUUGCUUAUAUUUGUUGUGCAAGUCAGAAACCAUGUUAUUAGUACCGAAGUGGAGGUAGUGCUCACCCUAAAGAACAAUAUGUAUUGCAGGUAAAUUCACA